UUAUAACUACAGAAAAAGUCAGUUGUUUUAAACCCCUCGUUAGGGUUUAGAAGGGCAGUGAAAAUAAGGUUGUUGCGUAGCCUUUUUUCUAGUAAGGUUGUUGCGUAGCCUUUUUUCUCUCAACAGCUGCGUUCACGCGAUACAGACUGAAGAUCCUUCGAAGCUUUUUUUGCAGUAGGAAAAUUCUUUUAAUUCUUUAUAUUUUUUUCCCUUAUUAACAGACGGCAAUGCCUGCUUUGGAGGUAAUUUCUGCUCCGAAAAUGGAGUCCAAGAAGAAAUCUAAACACAGUCCUUUCUCUGCCGAGAAAAAGAAAAAGUCGUCAAAGACAGAGGAAGAAGAGAAUGAAGAGGCUGAAAUGGGAUUCGAACGCGUGAACUCUAAGAGGAAAUUAUCGAAGUCGGCGGCGGGGGAGGAGCCCAGCCCCAAGAAGAAGAAGAAGAAGAAGAGCUGGGACAGUGAUGUUGAAGAAGAAAAAGUAGCAGCGCAAAAAUAUGAAGUAGAAAAAGAAGAUGAUGACGAAGACGAAGGGGAAACAGAAGUGGAGAACCUGAAUGCCGUUUCUAAUUUUAAUAUAUCGGAGGCUUUAAGGCAGAAGUUAAAGUCUAAAGGAAUCGAGUCGCUAUUUCCCAUACAAGCAAUGACGUUUGAGACUAUAUACAAGGGCUUUGAUUUGGUGGGUCGAGCUCGAACUGGACAGGGUAAAACAUUGGCAUUUGUGUUGCCUAUUUUGGAGUCAUUAACAAGUGGACAAUAUGCAAAAGAUAGGAAUAAGUCCUAUGGAAAGCUACCUAGUGUGAUUGUUUUGGUUCCAACUCGGGAGCUUGCAAAACAGGUUCAUUCAGAUUUUGAGUUUUAUGGUGGAUCUGUUGGCAUUAAUACAUGCUGUGUGUAUGGAGGUGCUCCAUAUGGUCCGCAGGAAAAUGCACUACGUAGAGGUGUAGAUGUUGUUGUUGGAACACCAGGUCGUAUCAAGGAUCAUAUCGAGAGAGGGAGUCUUAACUUGAAAUCAUUGAAAUUUCGUGUCCUGGAUGAGGCUGAUGAAAUGCUUAACAUGGGCUUUGUGGAGGACGUGGAAAACAUCCUUGGAAAAGUUGAGGAUGUGAGUAAGGUUCAAACACUUCUUUUUAGUGCAACAAUGCCGAAUUGGGUAAAGCAGAUUGCAUCAAAAUUCUUCAAGCCUGAUAGAAAAACUGCAGAUCUUGUUGGUGAUGAUAAGAUGAAGGCUAGUACAAGUAUAAGGCACAUUGUUCUUCCCUGCUUUUACAAAGCAAGAGCAACGGUUAUACCAGAUGUCAUUCGCUGCUACAGCAGUGGGGGACGUAGUAUUGUUUUUACAGAGACAAAGAAUGAUGCAUCUGAGCUUGCUGAAUCAUUUCCUGGUAAAGCUCGUGCAUUGCAUGGAGAUAUACAACAGUCUCAACGUGAAGUUACUCUUGCUGGAUUCCGUUCAGGAAAAUUUUCAAUACUUGUUGCAACUGAUGUUGCAGCACGGGGUUUGGACAUUAAUGAUGUUCAACUUAUAAUUCAGUGUGAACCUCCCAGAGAUGUGGAAACUUACAUUCAUCGAUCUGGACGUACUGGUAGAGCAGGCAAUACUGGGAUUUCUGUCAUGCUUUAUGAUAGAAAGAAACAAUAUAUGAUAUCUCAAAUUGAAAUGAAGGCUGGUGUUAAAUUUGAGCGUGCAUCUGCACCUCAGCCUGCAGAUAUUGCAAGAGCUUCUGGAUUGACUGCUGUAGAUAGCAUAAUGGGUGUUGCUGACAGUGUACUUCCUGUUUUUAGGCAGUCAGCUGAGGAACUUAUAAAAAAUAGUGGGGUCCCUGCGGCAGACAUUAUUGCAAAAGCAUUAGCAAAAAUUGCUGGAUACACAGAAGUCAAGAAAAGAUCGUUGCUCUCUUCACAAGAAAAUAACGUGACCUUGAUUCUUAAAUCUGGAAAGGUCAUGUACUCUGCAACAUAUGCGUUCACUACCCUGCGAAGAAUUAUACCUGAAGACAACAUGGCUGGAAUCAGUGGGAUGUCUCUUACUGUAGAUGGGACUGCUGCUGUAUUUGAUGUGCCCAGUGAGCAUGUUGAUCUAUUUCUUGCAGGCCAGAACAAUGCUGAUGGGAUUGUAAUUGAAGUACUUGAAAGUUUACCUGAGCUGCAAGUUCGCAAUGACCAGUCAAGAGGGGGUGGGUUUGGUAAUGGCUAUGGCAGAGGAGGUCGAGGAGGAAAUUCAAAUGGGAGAUCUUGGGGUGGUUCAAGGGGAGGUGGUAGUGGUUCUAGACGUGGCGGCAGUGGUGGUUCUAGAGGAAGAGGUGGAAGCUGGGGAAAUCAGCAAAAGCGCUGGUGAUCAUGGACUCCUUGUUCAGUUAUUGGUUAGAAUAUACAUUAACUUCAAUGGUGCAGGUACUGUGUACAGGAUUGAGCAUCUCAACACAUAAUGUUCAUUCCGAGGUGUACAAACUACUGUUUGUGCCUUGGCCAUUUAAAGAAGAUAAUUGUUUGGUAGUUUGCAUAUUUUUUAGUUCUUUGGGGAAAAGCAGGGGCAUCAAUUUUGGUACCUUUUUGCUUAUUAAAAAGGCCAGCCAUCUGCUUUCCCCUUUUUGCUGUAUUAAUACAUUAAGAGCAUAUAGGUGCUGAAAUGUAUGAAUCAUAAAUUUAUUUUUCCCUCUGAAGAUGACAUACAUACAAAUAUAAUAUUUAAGUUAUGACCCUCAGGGUAAACAUCAUUUUAUGUAACGAAUAUCCCAAGAAGAUUUUGCAGUCCUGGUUAGGAAGCUUAAUGAGGUCGUGUUCAAUAAUACGAACAUUUAUUCUCUUAUUAAGGUGCAUACAAAUGCACACACUAUUCUAUAGUUGA